AUGAUUUCUCUUCUAAAUAAUAGCAAGUUAUUGUUAUUCUUUCAAAUAUUCUCUCAUAUCCAAUCAACAAUAAUCUACCAGAAUGAUUAUGAACCGCGUGUGUUUGAUCAUAUUCCAUCGAAUUGUUACGAUUGUUUAUCCUAUCGUGAUAUUAUUUUAACUCAAUUAACGGAUGUUUCGGCGCGAUCAUUUGCGAAUUUUCAUUUAGGUUCGCGAGAUACGUACAUGAUCUUGAAUGGUCAAGUGAAAUUAACAUUACAUCCGUUCGCCUUUCAGUCGCUGAUCAUCGAUAAGCCCAAUAAGACUUUAACGAUCACAUUCGCAGCACCGAAUUCUUGGUUGAAUAUCACAGAAAACACGUUCAAUGGCCUUGAACUUUAUUCCUAUUCGACAUUACGAAUUAUUAUCAAAUUCUUUUACGGAGUUACUUUCCAUAAGAACUCACUUUCUGGUAUUAAAAUGGGUAAACAUUCACGUUUGAUUGUUGACAUAUCCUCCAUUACCGAGAUUAACUUUGAAAAGCAUAUUAUUAAAGAAGAUGACUUCAAUUCAUCCAUUGACUUUCUUUUUGCACGGACAGAUACCAUUUUCUUUGAUUCCUAUUCGUUUUCACACCUGAACAUACAAUCGAAUCAAAUCAUCUCGUUUCAAUUCGAAUUAAUUUCACAUAUCUAUGUGAAAUCUUACGCAUUUCAGUCGUUACAAUUACAAUCAGCAAGUUCAUUUCGUUUCUAUUCGAUCUUUUUGAAUCGCUUGCAUCUUGAAUCGUACGCAUUCGAUUCGAUGCUGUUAAACUCUCACUCCAUCUUCAAUUUCACUAUUCGAACUUUGGGAACUUGCUUAUGUUUCGAAUCGUACUCAUUCAACAAUCUACAAACGAAAUUCGCCAGUGAAAACAUUCUUAUUCUAUUUCAUUUUCAUACUCUUCGUGGUUUAUCUUUCUUUUCUAAUACAUUUCACAAUCUUUCAUUACAUAAUACUCAGAAUCAAUUACGAAUCCUUUCGAUUAAUCCAUUUAAUGAUGUUAAUCCAAUGAUAAAUUUUGCCAAAGAGACAUUUUCAAGCGCAACGCUCGGUUCAAUUCUUCUGAAUUUCUCGGAAAUCACCGCCGUGCGUUUCGAAAGGCAAUCACUACGAACAGAUCUGUUCACUCAUGAUAUUUAUCUCAAAGGUAUUUCAUUAGUAGAUCUUUCGACAUUAAACGCGAAUUUCAUGCAGAAAAGGUGUCAUUUUUCUUUCGAUAACAUUCGCUAUGUUAAAUGGUACGAAAAGGACAAGAAUGUCAAUCAUCAGAUUCAAUAUCAUUUUAAGUAUCUGGCGAACUCGUCGUGCCUUAUUUAUUCAGCUUCACGUUCGAUCCCUUGGAGAUUUUCCAUUUCGAAUUUCACAACUUGUAAUUGUCCACUUCUCUAUGCGUUUCAACAUGGUCAAGUUGAUGAACAACUCAUUCCAUGUCGACAUCAGACAGAUGAAUUGAUCAAGCAAUGUGAUUUUAAUCGAAUUAGAAUGGAAUGUCAGACAGCAAUCGAAGCUUUGACGAAUUUGAAUGCAACGAAUGAUACGUCAACAGUUGCACAUCACUCGAACGAAUUCGAUAAUUCGCUAAUUCGACAAUUAUAUGACAGAAAUUACCUUUCGUGUUCAUUUAAUUACUCGUCAUUACCAUCGACGAGCCUUGUUCGAUUGGGCUUAUUGAAUAAUUUUAGUUUAGUGCUCGGUAUCAUUUUCGGCAUCUUCAUUCUAUUGCUCGUCAUUGUGAUGGGUUUGUUAAAUGGUUUACAAUAUAAGAUGCGAGAAUAUGAUGAAACAUGGACAUGGAGACGAAAUAUGUCAUGGACAACAUUACGACGAACCAUAUCGCAAACAUCGCUAAGACGUUCACGAAGAGACUUGCGUACAAUAAAUAAUCAAGGUGUAACAUCGAGAUCGGAUAAUCAAUUAGAUCGACUAAGAUACGACCAACAGGAUGCUGAUGAACAGGAAAUAACUUAUGAUUUCAAACAAUCGCAGUCUAUUCAAGAAGGCUUAAAACGAAAGAAUCUUAUGUUUUAA